AUUAUCAUUCUCGUGAGUGAUGAGUGACCAGUCCCUUCUUCUUCUUCUUCAUCAGCAACCACUGUUCACUAUUCUUCUCUUCCCAUAUUAUUAUUGUAAUUCUUCCUUUUUUAUUGCUAUAUUUCCAUUUUCUAUUUCUAGUCUUUGACCUAUUUUAGUAUUAACUAAAUUUGCUUUCUUCCCUAAAAUAAAACAAUUGUUUUAUGCAAUAAACUAAUAAUGAUUUUGACUACCAAGUGGCAUGGACGAGGACAUUGGUGUGCGUCGUUUUCCUCCACUGAUAUCCCAGUGAUUAAACCCAGGAAGAAAAUUGGAGUAAUAAAAGUAGCUAAUGAGAGUUACACAGAGUCAGAGUUAAAUACAAAGAAAGCAAAUCUUUCAGCUUCAAGAAAGGAAAGGAUUCAGCUCCCAAAUUAUGGGGGUGAUAACUAUGGGGGUAAGAAACUCCAUAUUGGUGAAUUUUUAAGCCAUCCAUCUGCAAUUGAGGCCCUGCUCAAUACAAAUGCCUUAAAAAGUUUCCAAUGUCUUUGUCCCAACACUUACAGGUGCACUCUGCAAAGAGUUAAACUUUUGAACUUUGAAGCAGCCCCAGUGCUGGACUUGCGAGUAACCCCAACAAAUGAAGACUGUACAGUUGAAAUGCUUUCUUGUAAGUUUGAGGGUUCAAAAAUCAUGGAACACCAAAAUAACCAUUUUACAGCAUUCAUGAGAAAUCGCUUGUCAUGGGACACAAAUGAUGCAGAUUCAUUUUUGGAGGUUGACGUCAAGUUGAAUCUCAUUCUUGAGAUUUACACACGCCCUUUUACCAUGAUGCCAGUAUCAGCCGUUGAGCGUCCUGGAAACUUAAUGCUACAAGCUUUAUUGGAUAGGCUGGUACCGUUGCUCUUGCAACAACUGCUACAAGAUUAUUGUAAAUGGGUUCAUCAACAGUUAGAUCCUGUUCCAUGAAUUAAAUGUGUCUUCCAUUUUUCUGUGCAUGAAUGAAUUUGAGCCUUUUGAGUCCGCUUAAAACUGCAAAAAAAAAGUAUUGUAUUAUAUUGUAAUUUAUUUUAAUUCUAAUCUUGCAAUGUUGUAUUGUGUUUCAAUCUUAUGUUUAAUUGCGUUAUGGUCA